AUGAUGAACCUGAACCAGAAGUCUGUUACUGAUGAACCACAGCAGCUGCUUGGGUGGGAAAAGAAUGAUUACAGUCACUGCAAGACCCUGAGGAAGAAGGGCUUCAAUGGCUGCGACAGCCCAGAGCCCGACGGGGAGGACUCGCUGGAACAGAGCCCCCUGCUGGAGGACAAGUACCGGCGCGCCAAUGAGGAGCUCGACGGGCUCUUCCGGCGCUAUGGGGUGAGCCCCACUCACUCUCUCUUUGUUGGCCCCCCUUCCGGCCCCUUCCCUCCCCCCCAGGCGCUGCACAAGAAGCACAGGGAGUGUGAGAGCCCUGAGGUGGACGAGGUGUUUGCCCUGACCCCCCAGACGGAGGAGAAAUAUAAAAAGAUAGACGAGGAGUUUGAUAAAAUGAUGCAGAGUUAUAGAUUGGCCUCAGCUGUUCCGGCCCCCAACUUUGCCAUGCCUGUAACGGUGCCCGUGUCCAAUCAGAGCUCACUGCAGUUCAGCAAUCCCAGUAGCUCCCUGGUCACCCCUUCCCUGGUGACAUCGUCCCUCACAGACCCACGGCUCCUGUCCCCCCAGCAGCCAGCACUACAGAGGAACAGUGUGUCACCGGGCCUGCCCCAACGGCCGGCUAGUGCGGGGGCCAUGCUGGGAGGAGACCUCACCAGUGCUAAUGGAGCCUGCCCCAGUCCUGUUGGGAAUGGCUAUGUCAGUGCUCGGGCCUCCCCUGGCCUCCUCCCUGUGGCCAAUGGGAACAGCCUAAACAAGGUCAUCCCUGCCAAGUCUCCGCCCCCACCCACCCACAGUGCCCAGCUUGGAGCCCCCAGCCGCAAGCCUGACCUGCGGGUCAUCACUUCCCAGGGAGGCAAAGGGUUAAUGCAUCACUUGACUGAGGACCAUUUAGACCUGAACAAUGCCCAGCGCCUUGGGGUCUCCCAGUCUACCCAUUCGCUCACCACCCCAGUGGUUUCCGUGGCAACACCAAGUUUACUCAGCCAGGGCCUCCCCUUCUCUUCCAUGCCCACUGCCUACAACACAGAUUACCAGUUGACCAGUGCAGAGCUCUCCUCCUUACCAGCCUUCAGCUCACCUGGGGGACUGUCACUAGGCAACGUCACCGCCUGGCAACAGCCCCAGCAGCCCCAGCAGCCGCAACAGCCACAGCCUCCACAGCCACAGCCACAGCCACAGCAGCCACAGCCACAGCCGCCUCAGCAGCCGCAACAGCCACCUCAGCAACAGCCCCACCUGGUCCCUGUAUCUCUCAGUAACCUCAUCCCAGGCAGCCCCUUGCCCCAUGUGGGUGCUGCCCUAACAGUUACCACCCAUCCCCACAUCAGCAUCAAGUCAGAACCGGUGUCCCCAAGUCGUGAGCGCAGUCCUGCACCGCCUCCGCCAGCUGUGUUCCCGGCUGCCCGCCCUGAGCCUGGUGAUGGUCUCAGCAGCCCAGCAGGGGCAUCCUAUGAGACAGGGGACCGGGAUGAUGGACGGGGGGACUUCGGGCCUACACUGGGUCUGCUGCGUCCAGCCCCAGAGCCUGAGGCUGAGGGCUCAGCCGUGAAGAGGAUGCGGCUCGAUACCUGGACAUUAAAGUGACGGUUCCCACUCCCCUCCUCUCAGCCUCCCCGAUGAAGAGUUGACAAUCUCACCGCCCACCCCUCCCUGUCCUGGGCUCCUCCCGCUCGACCCCCACUUCCUUUCUUGUGCUCCGUGUCCUGUUGACGGUUACAUUUGUGUAUAAUUAUUAUAUUAUUAUUAUUAUUAUUAUAUUUUUUUUAAUUUGAAUUCUCGCUUUGGAGAGAGGGAUGCUCGCAUCCCUUUUCUUACCCCCCACCAUUUUCACUGGUGGGGCCUCUCUUUUUUUGCGGGAAGGGGGGGACACUUUGCACGUUGUACACAUAUGCUGCAGGAAGGGGGUAUGAGGGUCCGGUACGCCUUUGGGAAAGGACAGGUGCCGAGCCCUGCAUGUGGAGCCCUCCUACCCCAUCCCCAAGACAGAGGAAAGAACCAAAAAACUACCAAACAACAAACCCCAUACAGUAGACUGAGAUCCCAAAGCUGGCUUGAUGGUAGGUUUGUGUUUCAAGGGGAUUGUGAGGAGGCAGAGGUUCUCUGCUUCUGGGCUGUUCAUGUGGCUGUGGGCAUGUGGGGCCAGUACCUGAUCCUGGCCCCUACACCCCUACACACAGCACUCACUGAUCCCAGUGCAUGCUGUGUCCCCAAGGUAUGUGGGUGCUGGGAAUCUGAGGCUGGGGCAGGGCUUUGAGGUAGGGGCCCCUCUGGAAGCACAUUGGAGAGAAAGACAGAGCCAUGAGGAAAGGGCUGAGGAGGGCAGAAGGGCUGGGCAAAGGGUGAAUCAGGGUCCCUCCCCCCCCAGCUUUUUCUCUAAGAUAUACAGUGCAAUAGCUCCCUGUCCCUCAGUUGACCCCAGCCCUACAAAGACAGCCACGCAUGCAGGGAGAUUGGGGAGAGGAGCUCUAGUGAUGUGGCCCUGGAGCUGGGCCAGAGUUGGCCUCAACUUCCGUUGGGUGCCAAAGGGCUAGAGCCCUUUCAUCCACCAGGCAGGUGUAAAGAGGAAAUUUCCUUUGCCUUUUGUGCACACUUAACCCAGAGGAGUGGACACCAGAAUGGUGGUGGGGGAGGGAGGAGUAGGAGGUCCCUUACAGAUGAGGUCUAUCCAUCCAGGGCCUUUCCCUAAUUCUUCCUGGGCCUCCCCCAGCACCACCUCCUAGCUCCAUCUGCUCCUGACCCACAUCCCUGCUCUUGGCGCCCUCAUUGUCUUGCUACCUCCUUGUACCCCCACCUCCAGGCCGCAUCCACCUUCCCUCUUCUUGGCUACUGUAAUUGUAUAUAGUGACCUUUGGAAAACGUUAGCAGUGUAACAGUCCAGGAAACUGGUUUUUUUUUUUGUUGUUGUUGUUGUAUUGAUAUGAAAUGAGAUUCUAUUUUUGUCAAAGUAUAUUGUAAUAAUAAUGACUCAAACGGCCUGUACUGUACAGACAAGAUUCUUCUGCUGUUGUUCUUGCUCCCUUCCCUUCCCUUAGACAGCCCACUCUGCUGCCUCCUUAGUGGGCUGUGGGCAGGAGCCCAGGGGCAGUCCUAAAACCACAGGCUAGAUUAGAAAUCAAACUGGAGGGGGCAGGCUCCCAGCUUGCUGUCCUUCACACCCUCCCUCAGGGGCCUCGCCAGCGUGGGCAGGCAGAUGGGCCUGCCUCCCUCCACACAAGUCCAAUUCCUCUGCCCAAGGAGGCAGUGCUCCUUUGGGGUUUCCUCCCAGUUGGAAAGUACAGUUAGACAAGGCUCAGUUUUGUGGUAAAUGACAGUCUUUGCCUGCCUUUGACCCAGCCUCUUGCAGUAUUUUGACACUUGAUUUGGGGAAGGAACCAGAAGCAGAGAGGGGUAUGUGUCACCACACACAUACCUAGUGUGUUCAUGAGGGCAUCUGGUAUUUUUGUGUCCAAGUGUACCUUUGUAUUUAUGUGUGUGUGUGUGUGUGUAUGGUUGCGUGGGCCCUUUGUGUGCCUCUGAGCCUGGCUGGGUGACUCAUGAAUCUUCGUGUGACUGGAGCUCUGAGAGCAUCUCCAAGUCUGUGUGGCUGGAUGUGUUUACAAAGGGACAGGUGGCGGCUGUUACAGUCCCACAGCCCUGGCUUCUAGCUCUGUGAACCCCCACUCCCAUCUUCCCUUCUUCUUUACCUGUUUCUGCCCUCAGCUUGGACAUGUUUGUACUGCUUUCAGAGGGGAUUUGGCAGUCAGCCCUUUUUGCUUUUCCCCACAACCUACCUCUGCCAGGGCUUCCCUAUAGUAGCCUUUGCCUCCACAUCCACUUAGUCCCCCAUCUUGACACACAGUUCCUUUUCCUGGAGCACUCCCCAUGCUGCUGUCAGAGCAAAACUCAAGUCCUCUUCUUCCAUGAGGCUUUGUCCUCAACUGGGUAGUAAUCUUCCUUAUUCAGUCUCACCCACCUGCUGACUUGGCAGGGAUGCAUUUUUCCAGCCUUCCCACCUCUCCCUGAGGUUCCAGAGGGAGUUUCAGGAAUUGAUAGGGUUGUGGGCUACAAGUGUAGCUCGUUAGUAGAGUGUUUGGCCUAGCAUGCAUGAGAUCCUGGAUUGAUCCCCAGCACAGCAUUUAAAAAAAAAAAAAAAAA